CUGUCCUCAUCCCUCAGGUUGCAGCAAAGCUGCAGCAGAAAAUCCCAAAAUAAUAUCGGUUCAUUGUGUCGCUCACCGCUUGGCCCUAGGAGUUUCUCAGGCAGCAGGGGCAGUUCCGUACGUCGUCAAGUACAAACGGUUGCUGCAACAGUUGUUCGCCUUCUACAGCAAGAGCUGCAGGUCUACGAGAGAUCCAGGUGAGCGCAUUGAUGGUUUGCCACUUGUCACUCAAAUGCUAUAAGGAUGUAUUUGAUAUUUAAAUUGUAACGAUAUUGUCCACUUACAAGUGAAACAAUCUUAAUUACAUCCAAUUUCAUAAACAAGUUUUAUUGAUGUUCAUGAAGGCAUUUAAUCGUAAUGUGUAUGAAUGAAUAACUUCAUUUCCUUGUAUAUGCAAUCUAAUUUAUCAGAAAUUAAUAGACGACCCACAGCUAAAACUGAAGGAGGCGAAGGACGUACGAUGGCUCAGUCAUCAUGGGGCUGUGCUGACGGUGAAACGAUGCAUGGCCAGUCUCCUAACCAGCCUGGAUAGAGAGGCAGAGGAGAGGGCAGAACCAACUGCUCGCGGGCUGGCCAUCUUGGUCAAGAGAUUCAAUUUCUUGGCCAGCACAGCGAUGAUGGCGGACGUUCUAUCGCAAGUAACUACGCUGUCGAAACUCUUCCAGGUGAAGCUUAAAAAAGCCGACAUCGACUUUACCUGCAUCUCGACUCACGUGACAGCUACGAAAUCUAACUUGGUCAAGUGUAAAGGUGGCAAGGGCAAGAACAUGGCAGAGCUUAGAACUUGGAUGGAAACUCUUACGGGCAUGGAGGAUUACUCCGACAAGAAAUUCACCAGCUUCGUAGAAAACAUCAACGACAAGUUCAUCGACAAGCUAAUUCAUAACCUGGAGGAGCGAUUCCAAGAUUCCGAAAUCUUGGAAUUGUUCCAAGCUUUCAGGCCUGGUACUGAAGACGAGGAGCCGAUUCAGCCCUUUAACGACGAUCUUGAGGUGUCAGGCGGAAACCGAGAUGAUUCACAUGAGAGAAGUUGCUCCCAGAACAACUCAAAGAGCGUAAGAGAAUAUCUACAGCUCGUCGCAAGCAGCUACAACGAUGUGGCACCUCUCAUGGCCAGAAUGGCUUCUGCUGCCUUGGUUGUACCCGUCACCACAGCAGAUUGCGAACGUGGGUUCUCCUGUUUGAACCGCAUCAAGACAAAAAGUCGGAACAGAAUGAGCCGGAUGCUUGAGCCACUCCUCUGGCUGUCCUUAGAAGGGAAGGCGUACAACGAAUUGCCGGAUUCCUUUUUCGAAGCGGUGGCUGAUAGCUGGGCUCUUGCUGCCCUACCAUCUCAUAACUGUUUUUGUUUUGCCAUUAACUUAUACCAGGACUGCUCCUACUACGAUUCCACGCGGACUUUUCUCUCUCAGACUUUAUCGAAUGAACCACAUCAUGAGCAAGAACGGGAUUGUCUUCAACAAUGA